AUGAUGUCAGAAACUGAGAGUUUAAUGUGCUAUGACCCAGAGUCAGCUAAAAUUGUGUUUGGAAGUGUAAAAAAUGCUGUGAUUUCAUCUUGGGAUGUUACUUUAAAACACCUAGUCGAUUGGAAAGUAUUUGAUAAAAUUAAGUCAACUAAUAAAUGUGGAGAACUCAUUGGAAAAGUUUAUGCUCUUAAUGAAAAAAAUUUAAGAGAAAUUGGAUUUGCUGGACACAAGGAAUACACUGGAUGGGUUAUCCCUGAUCCUCUAUGUUUGAUGUGCUAUUUAUUCCCUGAAAUUAUAACCCAUAUUGAUGUUGUUGAAACAUCUAUCUGUGUUGAUGGACUUGGCCGUGGAGCAACAAUCUGUGAUUGGUUUGCAAGUUAUCACUUAGGCAAUCCUCAAAAAUGGAUUCGUUCAGUUGAUCAAGCUAAAUUAGAAAAAUUAUUGGUUCAAAUUGUAGAACAAUAUCAAGAAACUAACUAA